CACACACACUCUCUCUCUCUCUCUCUCUCUCUCUCUCAUGGCAGUGCGAAUCCUCAAACCGAAUCCCUGUGCUCUUUGUCAUCUCUUAUUCUCCAAAAGAUUACGACUUUCAACUUCCACCACUCGUUCGGUUUCUCAAGCACCCACUUCAUCUUCUUUUUCUUCUACGCACGUCGAUGCCCUGAUCUCCAUCUUCACCAAACGACCCUUCACUCCAGACACCCCUGAACUCACCCAAAUCGCACCCUUCCUCACCUCUCACCUCGUCGAAUCCGUCCUCAACCGCUUCCACAGCUGGAAGCUCGCUCACACAUUCUUCAAUUGGGCUUCAACCCAACAUGGCUACCGCCACACUUGCUACACCUACAAUGCCAUGGCUUCAAUUUUGUCCCGUUCCCGCCAAAUUCCUCCUUUGAAGUCUCUUCUGAAAGACAUCGUCCAAUCUCGUUGCUCUUUCCCCCCUGGGGCACUCGGUUUCUUGGUUCGGUGCCUGGGCAGUGCUGGGUUGGUUGAUGAAGCAAACGAGGUGUUUGAUGAAAUGCGCCUGAAGGGUCUCUGCAUUCCAAAUGAUUACUGUUACAAUUGCUUGUUGGAGGCUUUGUCUAAGUCUGGUUCCGUUGAUUUGAUGGAGAAGAGGUUGAACGAAAUGCGCAGAUUUGGUUGGGAAUUUGAUAAGUUCACUUUGACCCCGGUCAUGCAGGCCUAUUGCAAUUCUCGCAGGUUUGAAGAGGCAUUGAGUGUUUAUAACACAAUGCAGGAGAAGGGUUGGGUUGAUGAACGUGUUUGGACCAUGCUGGCUUUGUCUUUCAGCAAGUGGGGUGAGGUGGAUAAGGCGUUUGAGUUGGUGGAGAGAAUGGAGGAGCAGAGAAUGAGAAUGAAUGAGAAGACUUUCUGUGUUCUGAUUCAUGGGUUUGUGAAAGAGUCUCGGAUUGAUAAGGCCCUCCAGUUGUUUGAUAAAAUGAGGAAGGCUGGUUUCACUCCUGAUGUUUCCUUGUAUGAUGUUCUGAUUAGAGGACUGUGCAGGAAUAAAGAGAGUAACAAAGCUUUGAGCUUGAUUUCAGACAUGAAGGAACUUGGCAUCCUACCUGAUGUUGGAAUCCUCACGAACUUGCUGUCAUCUUUUUCAGACAAGACUAUGGUUGUGAGAAUACUAGAAGAAAUCCCGGAAGAGGAAGAUGAUAAAACUGUUGUUUUGAUUUAUAAUGCUGUUUUGAAUAGUUAUGUUGGUGAUGGGUUGAUGGAUGAAGCUUAUCACCUUCUUCAGAUGAUGAUUCGAAGCAAAUCUGGUACUGAUGCUGAUACAAAUAAUUUCAUCAGAGUCAAGAGAUUGGUUUUACCUAAUAUCACAUCUUUCAGCAUUGUUAUUGAUGGCCUGCUCAAAAAUGGUCAGCUGGACCUUGCGCUGAGCCUCGUCCAUGAUAUGCAACAAUUAGCUUGCAAACCAAAUAUUUCAAUCUAUAACAAUCUGAUCAAUGAUCUAUGCAAUUCCAAUAGAUUGGAGGAAAGCUUUGAGCUUUUGUCAGCGAUGAAAGAAUCAGGAAUUGAACCAACUCAUUUCACUCACAACUCAAUAUAUGGGUGCCUGUGUAAAAGGAAGGAUGUUUCAGGAGCCAUCAAUAUGCUGAAGGAGAUGCGUGCUUGUGGGCAUGAACCGUGGAUAAAACAUUCAACCUGUAUUGUGAAAGAGCUAUGUGAUCAUGGGAGGGCAAUAGAAGCAUGUAACUUCCUUAACAGCAUGAUUCAAGAAGGUUUCCUUCCUGAUAUAGUGUCCUAUUCUCCAGCAAUUGGUGGCUUGAUCAAGAUGCAGGAAUUAGAUCAAGCUCUGAAUUUAUUCAGGAAUUUGUGUUCUCGUGGCCGCUGCCCUGAUGUGGUUGCUUACAACAUAAUGAUAAGUGGGCUUUGCAAAGCCAACAGAUUCGCAGAGGCUGAAAAUUUGUUGGAUGACAUUGUUUUGAAGGGUCUCUCCCCCUCAGUUGUUACAUACAAUUCGCUAAUAGAUUUUUGUUGCAAGAAUGGUUCUAUUGAUAAGGCUAUGGCGAUUCUUUCCAAAAUGUCUGGAGAAGGUAGGGAACCAAAUAUCAUUACAUACACAACUUUGGUAGAUGGAUUAUGCAGAGAAGACAGGCCUGAUGAUGCUCUAUUGGUUUGGAAAGAGAUGGAAAAAAAGGGUUGUCCGCCGAAUCGAAUUGCUUUCAUGGCACUCAUUCAUGGUCUUUGCAAAUGCGGUAGGCCAACUACAGCCCUCCCUCGUUUGCGCGAAAUGGAACAGAGAGAAAUGAAAGCCGACUCAUUCAUCUAUAUUGCAUUGAUGAGUGCUUUCUUGUCUGAUCUAAACUUGAUUUCAGCAUUUGAGAUUUUCAAAGAGAUGGUUGAUUCAGAAUCUUUUCCUGAACCCCAUGAUAAAAAUUACAGUAUUGCCGUAGAUGCGAUAAAUAGAUUUUCUAAUGAUCAUCAAACAUCCUCUGGUAUCCAGGUUCUAAGGGAAGAGGGAAAAAUCCCAACACAUGGUUUUUGAUUGUUUGGAGUGAAAAUGUUGAUCUUUUCUAGUCAACCACUCUUAGCUAUAUCUAAAGGAAGUCAAAGUUACAUAUCAAAUUGGAAGAGGAACAAAAGAAUGAAAGAGAAGGAGGGCGCCAGGGCUAGGUUUGUUUACAGAGACAGGAUGUUGAAACAGGUUAGGGAUACAAAAUUAUAUUUAAUAGAUGAGAUAUGGACAGAAAUAAUGUGUCCAGAGAUAAAUUAGUCUAUUUUAUGUCUAUUCUAACAAGAAAGACAUGUAAACACUA